GCCAAGGUAUAUCUUCAAGUCGCGUGGACUACAAUUUGCUGAUCCAGAGGUAGACAGGCAAUGGAUGCGAGCCAUCUGCGCCGACCAGAUGUCAUUCCUCAGCCAUGUCAGCGUCUCGAGCGUCUAUCAAGAUCUCGCAGACGGUCUCUGGCAGGAUAGCGGUACAACUGUGCGAAUCAAGACACAUGCCCUCAGCACGAUCGCAGGUCAACUCGAGUCAAACGAUGCCACAAUCUUGAGCAUAUUGCACUUGCUGUUGAGCGAAGUUGGAGGCGACGAGACGGCGUUCAGCGUUCACUACCGGGGACUCCAAGGCCUCAUCCACAAGAGAGGUGGUUUGAGCCAGCUAACAUAUCAUCUUGCGACCUAUGUCGUAUUGCAUCUGACGACCUUGGCUAUGCUCAAGCGACUACCCGAGCUGGCUCCACAUCCCACAAGUAAUCUGACCCUUCGACACACGCGGCAGUCUUACCCAUGCGCGUCGCCUCUAUACGCGCUGCAUGGAGAAUUUACUUCUCUCGGUAACAGCUGCUCGACACAAACGCUGGAGAUCAUUAUCGACAUGUCCAAUCUCACGCAAGCCUUCACACACCAGCAUCAGGGCGUCACUAACUUCGUCCCAACUCCUCAGUACCACGAGAUCUACUCUCAUCUCCACCGCUCUCCAUCAGCGCAGGACAUAGACUGGAUCCACGAAAGCACCCGUCUGGCCGCACUCAUAUACACGCACGCCAUCAUCCAUCACACCACCUUCACGUCCGCAGCAAACAUAUCACACCAAGAUCCCACCAUGGGCAACACGACGGUACUCCAUGCACUCCUCAGUGCGGUCGAUCACACAGACGCCAUUGGCUGCUGGGGUUCCAUGCGCGGAGUCUUCCUCUGGGUGUGUCUUAUUGGCGGCGCAGCGUCGUGGGGGUCAGACAACCCCGAAGUUGGGUUUGUGUCGCCGCAGAUGGCGUGGAUGAGGAAGUGCUUUUCGUUCUGGGCGAUUAGGGCGGUGGUGGGUGUCGGGUUCGAGUUCGCGGAUGGCACGAUGGAGGGGCUGAGGAUGGGGUUGAGGAUUAGGAAUCUACUGGAUGAACGAAACUUGUGAUAGAGGGGUGGAUAUACGGCUUGGUCUCUAAAGGAGGAAGGGGGGUUGGACCGGUUGGUACGCUGUGCGAGCUGCGGGUCAGCUGCGAUGAUGGUGUGUUGGUUGACUCUAUGCUUACGUAGGACGUAUGCGCAGAGCAAAUCGCAUUUGAAAGUUGUUGAUUUCGCCGUCGGUUGUGCAUAGAACUCAC